CGGGUCGUCCAACAUGAAGUAGUCGGCCACAGUGUUCCGGAGUGCAUCAAGAUGGAUGACACAUUGGCCGAGUUGGAGAAAAUUAAUAAAAAUGGUACAGAAAACGGAAAAAUCGAAACAAAAGAAAUAUUUGACCAUGAAGAUACGCAGACGCCAUUAAGAAGACAGUUUUUAAUAUGCUUCGGGACAUUCAUGGUGACUCUUGGAGCGGGUUCAACGGCGGGAUUCUCAGCAAUUCUUAUACCACAGCUACAACACUCAAAGGGAAGGCACAAAUACUCCAUAGAGACUAUAUCAUGGCUAGCCUCUAUAUCAUCGUUUGCCUUAGUAUUUGGAAAUCUUCUAUCAGGAUAUUUAAUGGAAAGAUUGGGUAGAAGACGAUCACAGCUUGUAUGCGUUGCAUUCUUCAUAAGCGGUUGGGUUUUGAUCGGAUGUUCACAAGACAUAUUGUAUCUCAUACUUAUAGGAAGAUUUAUAACAGGUCUAUGUCAAGGAUGGUUAGGUCCACUUGGACCAGUAUUCGUUGGAGAAAUAAGUUCGCCUAUAUAUAGAGGAUUCUUUUUAGCUGCCAUGUCUUUAGGUAUAGCAGCUGGAGUUUUUAUGUCACAUCUUUUUGGUACUUUACUUCAUUGGAGUUAUGCAGCUUUCCUCUGCGGAUCAUUCCCUCUUGUUGGAGGAAUAGUAUUAUAUCACGCACCAGAGUCGCCGGCGUGGUUAGCUUCUAGAAAUAGAAUUGAUGAGUGUAUUGCAUCUUUUCAAUGGUAUAGAGGAACAAGUCCUGAAAUGAAAUCAGAACUGGACAAAAUGAUUGCAGAACAGACUAAAAGAGACAAUUCAAAAGGGAAAAUUGAAGCGCUCAAGCUGAAUAUCAAGAAACCGGAAUUCUACAAGCCGUUGUUUGUAAUGACUCUAUUUUUUAUAAUAACACAAUUGUCUGGUGUAAAUGUUAUUUGCGCAUAUACUACAGACAUGAUGAAUGAACUUAUUGGAGGGCAUACAAACAAAAAGACUGUUUAUAUUGCUAUGUUAAGUAUUGAUGUCCUAAGAUGUGUAUCGUUGUGCCUUGCAUGUGUUUUAUUAAGGAGACUAGGUCGUCGUCCGCUUGCUAUGUUUAGUGGAAUUUUUACAUCCUUGUCAUUGAUAACAUUAGCACUGUACUUGUAUUUAGUUGAUACACGAGUAAUACGACACAUCACGCCGAUUAUAUCUUUGGGUUUGAUGGCAAUGUAUAUUAUAGUAUCGAAUUUAGGCAUAUCACCUUUACCUUGGAAUAUGGUGGGAGAGUUGUUUGCAACAGAAACAAAAGGAAUUGGUUCAGGUAUAAGUGUAAUGAUGACUUCGAUAGCAUUUUUUGGAACUGUCAAAACAGCUCCUGCCAUGUUUGAAAGUAUUGGUCAUCAUGGGACAUAUCUUUUUUAUGGCUUAUCAACAUUAAUAGGAACCUUGUUUUUGUUCUUUUACCUUCCUGAAACAAAGGGAAAAACUUUAUUGCAAGUCGAAGAGUACUUCAGAGAUGGUAAAUGUAAACCUCAAGAGCCAGAAAACGUACCCUUGAGUAAAGCACAGGUCUGAAACAGCAAUGACAUUUUGUUUAACUAAUACAUACAUACAAGCAGAUCUCUUAGUUUAAUAAUAUAUAAAAAUAUAAAAAAAUCUAACUUGCAUUUAAAACAGUCAUUAUUUAAGUGAUAACGAACCACAAUUCUUAGAUAUAACAUAUUAAUAAGAAAGAGUCCUCUCUGAUUCCUCAGUCAACGUUUUGACAGAAUAAUUAAAUACAAAAGACUUUUUAUCCUGAAUAAUUUCUAAUUUCAUAAUUUUGUUCACAAAAGUCUUUACACCUUUUUCUGCUAUGAAGAUGAGCAAGACAUAAAUUAUAAUUUAAAAAAUAUUAAGAGAUAUUGUGUGACGCGAUUGAGAUACUUAGAAGCUUUACCAGUUAAUUAUUAUAGUGUUAAUUUGUUAUCUAAACUUUUCAAUAAAAAAUUUCAAUAUACAAUAAGUAGAUACUAUUGCAUGAUUUAGUUUGUACUUAUCUUUCUUGGUAGAAUUUUUACUAUUUAGUUAUAAGACAGAGAUUUAGAAUAUAUUAUUUUGUCUAUAAUCAAAGGGCAAAAUUAUGAAAUUUUAUUGAAUUUCGCUUUAAAACUUGUUAUUGUGAUAAAGUUUUUUGAUCUAGUUAUCUGACAAAACAUUUGUAUGGCUACAAAUUAACAGAAAUUAUCGUAAUUUUGUUAUACAUAACAGUCUAGACUUAAUUUUUCUAAUACAAUAUUCAAUAAUGUAUAGUGGUAUGAAAAAAAACUUAGUUAAAACUUAGUUUUAAUAAGAGUCGUAUAAAAUAAUUGUACAUAAAAAUCUAUUUAUUAAACUUAGUUUAUUAUUUUAA